CCGUAUAAAAAGCCUGUCGGGGCGCGCCAGAUGCGUCUCUCCCUCCCCUUAACCUGGAAAACGCGACGAAAGGAGACGGCUUCUCAUUCCAGCCUGCGCGGGGAGGACGGACUGCGAUGUGUGUGUCCCGUUGCCGUUUGUCGACAAAGGAGAAUAAAGUUGCGAGCGGCGCUGAGGAGAGCCUGAGGAGCGACGCGGGUCCGGAGUAGAGAUGUCCAUCUCAACUCAGCUGGGCUUACUGCUGUGGAAGAACUUCACCUACAGGAGAAGACAGACGCUACAGCUGCUGAUAGAGAUAGCGUGGCCGCUCUUCAUCUUCUUCAUCCUUAUUGCCGUCAGGCUCAACUACCCACCCUACGAACAACAUGAAUGUCACUUCCCUAACAAGGCCAUGCCCUCAGCGGGCACCCUGCCCUGGAUUCAGGGCAUCAUCUGCAACGCCAACAACCCCUGCUUCCGUCACCCCACCCCCGGAGAGUCGCCGGUCGUGGGCAACUUCAACGAUUCCAUCAUUUCUCGGUUAUUCUCGGACGCCAAGAAGAUCCUCCUUUAUAGCCAGAACGACAGAAAUCUGGAGGGUUUCAAGGAGCUCGCUAACGCCCUGAAGGCCCUGCAGGCGUCUUCUCCAGGCUUCAAGUUAAAGGACUUCCUUCACGAUAAUGAGACGCUGUCCACCUUCCUCCUCCGAAACGCCUCCUUCUCCGAACACGCAGUGCGGGAGAUUUUGGAGGCCGACGUGAACUUGGAAAGAGUUCUAAUGAAAGGGUUUGGGGUCCACCUGAACGACAUGUGUAAGAAGAAGGGGGGCUCCAACAGCCUGGAGGACUUUGUCAUCAUCUCAGACCGGCAGGUUUCCUGGGUGGUGCAGGAGAUCAUCUGCCAGGCUCCUGUUUCCUGGCUUAACCAAGCUCAGAGCCUCUUUCUCAGUGACCUGGACUUCCUCAAACCCAUACUGAAGGAUGUGAGGUCUGACCCUGAGGCCGUCAGCCAAGUCACCAAGGCCACAAACAACCUCCUGGACAGCCUGGGCUUGCUCGCCGUGGAGCUGGCCAGCAUGAAGAGCUGGAGUGACCUGCGGAACGAGAUCAUCUUCCUGACGCAGAACGCCACUUCCUCCCCCAGCACCAUGUACCAGGCGGUGUCGCGCAUCGUGUGCGGGCACCCCGAGGGCGGAGGCCUCAAAAUCAAAUCCCUCAACUGGUAUGAGGACAGCAACUACAAGGCCCUGUUUGGCAACCACAACAGCAGCGAGGAAGACGCCAUCUCGCUGUAUGACAACUCAUCCACUCCGUACUGCAACAGCCUGUUGAAGAACAUGGAUACAAACCCCAUGUCCAGGAUGAUCUGGCAGGCCCUAAAACCGCUGCUCGUGGGCAAGAUCCUGUACACGCCCAACACGCCCGCCACCCAGAAGAUCAUACAUGAGGUAAACCGGACCUUCCAGGAGCUGGGGGUGCUCAGGGAUCUGGGGGGGAUGUGGGAGGAGAUGAGGCCCAAAGUCUGGAACUUCAUGGAGAACAGCCAAGAGAUGGACCUGAUCAGGACGCUGCUGGAGAACAACAUCACAGCCAACUUCUUCUACGCCCAGCUGGCUGGCACCGACUGGACCGUGGCAGACAUAGCCAGCUUCCUGUCCAAAAGGUCCGAGGACACACGUCCCCCGGGCAGCGCCAUCACCUGGCGGGAGGUCUUCAAUGAGACCGACCAAGCCAUCAUGAGCAUCUCCCGCUUCAUGGAGUGUGUGAACCUGGAUAAGCUGGAGCCCGUGGCCAAUGAGGAGAGGCUGGUCAAUAAGUCUAUGGACCUGCUGGAAGACCGGAGGUUCUGGGCUGGGAUCGUCUUUCCUGACAUUGACACCAACAGCUCUGAACUGCCACCCAAAGUCAACUACAAGAUCCGCAUGGACAUCGACAACGUGGAGCGCACCAACAAGAUUAAAGACGCCUACUGGGAUCCCGGUCCUCGCGCGGACCCCUUUGAGGACAUGCGGUACAUCUGGGGAGGCUUCUCCUACCUCCAGGACGUGAUCGAGCAGAGCAUCAUCCGAGCCAUGACCGGCACCAAGGAGAAGACGGGCGUCUACAUCCAGCAGAUGCCCUACCCCUGCUACGUGGACGACAUCUUCCUGCGUGUGAUGAGUCGCUCCAUGCCUCUCUUCAUGACGUUGGCGUGGAUGUACUCGGUGGCCAUCAUCAUAAAGAGUGUGGUCUAUGAGAAGGAGGCCCGGCUGAAGGAGACCAUGAGGAUUAUGGGAUUGGAUAACGGCAUCCUGUGGUUCAGCUGGUUCAUCAGCAGCCUCAUCCCACUGCUGCUCAGCGCGGGGCUGCUUGUACUGCUGCUCAAGAAAGGGAACCUGCUGCCCUACAGUGACCCCGGGGUGGUCUUCUUCUUCCUGGGGUCGUUUGCCGUGGUAACCAUCAUGCAGUGUUUCCUCAUCAGCACGGUGUUUUCCCGCGCCAACCUGGCUGCCGCCUGCGGAGGCAUCAUCUACUUCACCCUCUACCUGCCCUACGUGCUGUGUGUGGCCUGGCAGGACUACAUCGGCUUCGGAGCCAAAGUCUUCGCCAGCCUGCUGUCCCCUGUGGCCUUUGGGUUUGGCUGUGAGUACUUUGCCCUUUUUGAGGAGCAGGGCGUGGGCAUCCAGUGGUCCAACCUGGUGGCCAGUCCCCUGGAGGAGGACGACUUCAGCCUGACCACGGCCCUCAUCAUGAUGUACUUCGACUCCUUCCUGUACGGGGUCAUGACCUGGUACAUCGAGGCCGUCUUUCCUGGUCAAUAUGGAAUCCCUCGGUCAUGGUACUUCCCCUUCACCAGGUCUUACUGGCUCGGAGAAAGAGAGAGAGAGUCCAGUAAGCUCCUUCAGGGCAGGAGAGGAAACCCUGGAGCCGUGUGCAUAGAAGAGGAGCCGGCCCAUCUGGAGCCUGGCGUCUACAUCGAGAACCUGGUGAAGGUCUACCGGCACGGGAAGAAGCUGGCGGUGGACGGGCUGACGCUGGGAUUCUACAAGGGACAGAUCACUUCCUUCCUGGGACACAACGGAGCCGGCAAAACCACGACCAUGUCCAUUCUGACCGGUUUGUUCCCGCCCACCUCCGGCACGGCUUACAUCAUGGGGAAAGACAUCCGCACGGAGCUGAACGCCAUCCGGCAGAGUCUGGGCGUCUGCCCGCAGCACAACGUCCUCUUCAGCAUGCUGACGGUAGAGGAACACAUCUGGUUCUACGCCCGUCUGAAAGGCCUGUCGGAGCAGCAGGUGAAAGGAGAGAUCGAGCAGAUCCUCCAGGAUACGGGCCUGCCCCACAAACGCAAGUCCAGAACCAGCACCCUGUCUGGGGGCAUGCAGAGGAAGCUGUCGGUGGCCCUGGCCUUCGUCGGGGGUUCACAGGUCGUGAUUCUUGACGAGCCCACGGCCGGCGUCGACCCGUAUGCCCGCAGAGGAAUCUGGGACCUACUGCUCAACUACCGCCAUGGGCGCACCAUUAUCCUCUCCACACAUCACAUGGACGAGGCGGACAUCUUGGGCGACCGCAUUGCCAUCAUCUCCCACGGCAAGCUGUGCUGCGUGGGCUCCUCCCUCUACCUGAAGAACCAGCUGGGGACGGGCUACUACCUGACCCUGGUCAAGCGAGAGCCAGAACCUUCUCUCAGCUCCUGCAGGAACUCCUCCAGCACCAUGUCCUUCACCAAGAAGGAGGAAGAAUGUGCCUCAGUUAGCAGCUCUGACGCAGGACUGGGAAGUGAGAAUGAAAGUGAGGCAGCAACCAUUGAGAACGGUCCGGCAGCAUCGAUAUGUGACGUCCCCUUCGUGCCUCCGGAUGUGUCCCACAUCUCCGGCCUGAUCUUUAAACAUGUCCCGGCGGCCCGCAUGGUGGAGGACUUGGGCCACGAGUUGACCUACAUCCUUCCCUACAGCGCCGCCAAGGACGGCGCCUUCGUGGAGCUUUUUAAAGACAUAGACAGUAAACUGCCUGACCUGGGCAUCUCCAGCUAUGGCGUCUCAGACACAACUCUGGAGGAGAUUUUCCUGAAGGUGGCGGAAGACCAUGGAGUGGAUACUGAAGUCCCCUCAGAUGGCAUCCUGCCAGUCCGACGGCGGCGUAGAACCCACGCCUUUGGUGGUGACCACCAGAGCUGCCUGAGACCUCUGACUGAGGACGACAACAACGACUGUAACGAAUCCGACGGUGACCCUGAAUCUCGGGAGACGGACUGGCUGAACUGUGCUGACGGAAAAGGAUCGUACAAGGUGAAGGGCUGGAGUCUGAAGAGGCAGCAGUUUGUGGCUCUGAUGUGGAAGAGAUUUCUGUUCGCUCGGCGCUCCAGGAAAGGCUUCUUCGCUCAGAUUGUUCUUCCUGCUGUGUUUGUUUGCAUCGCCCUGGUUUUCAGUCUAAUCGUUCCACCCUUUGGCAAAUACCCCAGUUUGGAGCUGCAGCCCUGGAUGUAUGAGGAGCAAGUCACUUUCGUCAGCGACGACGCCCCAGAUGACGCCAACAUGCAGAAGUUACUGAACUCCCUCCUGGACACUCCCGGCUUUGGGACUCGCUGUAUGGAUGGAUAUUCCAUACCGGAUGCUCCCUGUACAAUGGGCGAUGAAGAGUGGAACGUCCCAGAGGUCCCUGAAAGUGUCCAAAAGCUAUUUGAAUCCAGCAACUGGACAAUGGAGGAGCCCUCCCCUGCCUGCUUCUGCAGCUCUGAUGGCAGGAAGAAGAUGCUUCCCGAAUGCCCUGCAGGGGCAGGAGGCCUCCCACCUCCCGAGAUGAAACUCAGUGAAACAGACACCCUACAAAACCUGACAGGAAGGAACAUCUCAGACUACCUGGUGAAGACCUACGCACAGAUCAUCGGGAGAAGUUUGAAGAACAAGGUGUGGGUAAAUGAAUUCAGAUAUGGUGGAUUCUCAUUGGGUGCCAGGAGCACUCAGGUCCUCCCACCAGCCAAUGAGAUUGAUGACGCAAUCAAGCGGGUCAAAAAGAUCUUCGAAUUACAAAAGGGUGCGGCCGCAGAUCGCUUUCUGGACAGUCUGUCAGGCUUCAUCAAUGGUCUAGACACCAAGAAUAACGUCAAGAUCUGGUUCAACAAUAAGGGCUGGCACAGUAUCGGCUCCUUCAUCAAUGUCAUGAACAACGGCAUCCUGCGUGCCAACCUGCCCCCAGGCAAAGAUCCCAGCAAGUACGGAAUCAGUGCCUUCAAUCAUCCGCUUAACCUCACCAAGGAGCAGCUCUCCCAGGUGGCGCUGGUGACCACCUCCGUGGAUGUUCUGGUGUCCAUCUGCGUCAUAUUCGCCAUGUCCUUCGUCCCAGCCAGCUUUGUAGUCUUCCUCAUCCAGGAAAGAGUGAACAAGGCCAAGCACAUGCAGUUCAUCAGUGGAGUGCAGCCCCUCCUCUACUGGGUGGCCAACUUUGUGUGGGACAUGUGUAACUACAUUGUCCCCGCCACGCUUGUCAUCCUGAUAUUUGUCUGCUUCCAACAAAAAGCCUACGUCUCCUCCACCAACCUGCCUGUUUUAGCCCUGCUGCUGCUCCUCUAUGGCUGGUCCAUCACGCCGCUGAUGUACCCGGCGUCGUUCUUCUUCACCAUCCCCAGCACUGCCUACGUCGUCCUCACCAGCGUCAACAUCCUCAUCGGGAUCAAUGGCAGCAUCUCCACCUUCGUCAUGGAGCUGUUUGGCAACAACGAGAUUGGAGGUAUAAACGACAUCCUGAAGAACGUUCUCCUCAUCUUCCCUCAUUUCUGCCUUGGCCGAGGUCUCAUCGACAUGGUGAAGAACCAGGCCAUGGCCGACGCCCUGGAGAGGUUUGGUGAGAACCGUUUCCGCUCGCCUCUGGAGUGGGACAUGGUGGGGAAAAACCUGUUUGCCAUGGCUGUGGAGGGCGUGGUCUUCUUCGUCAUCACCGUCCUCAUCCAGUACCGCUUCUGCAUCAAGCCCAAGCCCAUCAGCAAGCUAAACAAGCUGAGCCCCAUCAGGGAGGAGGACGAGGACGUGGCGAGGGAGCGACAGAGGAUCGUCCACGGCCUCGGACACGGAGACAUCCUGGAGCUACGGCAGCUCACCAAGGUGUACAAGAGGAAGCAGAAGCCGGCUGUCGACCGCCUGUGUGUUGGAAUUCCUCCCGGGGAGUGUUUUGGGCUGCUGGGGGUCAACGGGGCAGGGAAGACCACCACCUUCAAGAUGCUGACAGGAGACACCAUUGUGACGAGUGGCGAGGCCUUCCUGGCUGGGAAGAGUAUCCUGAGGGAGAUAGACGAGGUCCAUCGAAACAUGGGUUACUGUCCUCAGUUUGACGCCAUUAACGAGCUGCUGACAGGAAGAGAACAUCUAGAGUUCUACGCCGUCCUGCGGGGGGUCCCUGAGAAGGAAGUCUGUGACGUGGCAGAGUGGGGUAUCAGGAAGCUGGGCCUGGUGAAGUAUGGAGACAAGGCUGCUGGAAGCUACAGCGGAGGAAACAUGAGGAAACUUUCUACAGCGAUGGCGCUGAUCGCAGGGCCACCCGUAGUCUUCCUGGACGAGCCCACCACUGGGAUGGACCCCAAGGCCCGCCGGGCCCUCUGGAACUGCAUCCACUCCGUCAUCAAGGAGGGCCGCUCCAUCGUGCUGACCUCACACAGUAUGGAGGAAUGUGAGGCCCUGUGCACCAGGAUGGCCAUCAUGGUUAACGGAAGAUUCCGGUGUUUAGGAAGCGUCCAGCACCUCAAAAACAGGUUCGGAGAUGGGGUACACCAUCAUCCUGUCGGGUGGCGGGGCCUGACCCAGACCUGGUGUCUGUGAUGAAGUUCAUAGAGAAGCGAGCUGCUGGGCAGUACUCUGAAGGAGAAGCACCGCAACAUGCUGCAGUACCAGCUGCCUUCCUCUCUCACCUCCCUCGCUCAUAUCUUCUCCAUCCUGGCCAAGAACAAAGAUCUGCUGAGGAUAGAGGACUACUCCGUCACCCAGACCACUUAGACCAGGUACAUGACAGUCUAGACUACUUUACACCACCUCCACUGUAGUUUAGACCGAUUAAAUCUAGAUAAACUAUGUACUAGACCACUUACAACCCCAGUACACUACAGUUUAGACCACUGUGUGUGUGUGUGUGUGUGUGUGUGUGUGUGUGUUGCCCGGUAGGUGUUCGUCAACUUUGCCAAGGACCAGAGCGACGACUACCACUGUAAAGACGCGUCGGUGAAGCGCAAAGAGGCCGUGAUAGACAUUCCCAUGCUCAGCCCGGCGCAGGCGGCGGCAGUGGCGGUGGCGGAAGAUGCAGAGGACAAGCUGAGAGAGAGCCUGAUGUGAGGAACCUGUGACAACGCUGUCACUGGCACGCAAAACCCUGAGCUUGACCCCGCCCCCCCAUGACCUCAGAGGCGCGCCUCCCGACUCCCGUAGUGUUUUUUAAUACUUGUAGUAAUUGUACCGUCAGCGGAGGCGCCCUGCCCUGCCGAGGCCCCAGACCGGGAAGCUCAAUCAAUGCAAGUCAAUGCAAAAUGAUUUUCCUCUCCAGGCGCUGUGUGAUUGGGUUGCACGCCCCCCCCCCCCGAGGCGGGAAAGAGAGAUAGAGAGAGAGAGAGAGAGAGAGAGAGAGAGAGAGAAGAAAAGAGAGAGAGUUAAACUUGAAUAACUGCCAUGAUUUUCAAGUGCUUUGGCCCCCAACGCCACACACCGUGUGGAUGGUGCUGAAAAAUCCUCUUUUUUUUUUUUUCCCCCAGUAAUUUUGAUCGGUGCCUGAAAACGAUAAAAAAAAAAAAAUGUCAGGGUGUUUCUUUUUUCUUUAUUCUGUUCGAGCAGAAUGACACGAUGAAGAAUCCAAAUCAUUUCAGCGGCCCGAGGGCCAACCUGCGAAUCUGAAUCUGUUGUUUUCUUGUGUUCCGUUUCUAAUGUUUGAUUUUUUGUUUCCAUUUUGUAACUUUUAUUUAUAUGUUUAGAUCACAUCAAAGACCUUGUAAUUGUCUUGAACUCUCCUGUGCGGCGUGGCAUUACCCAUAUAGGGACGUUUUUCUGUAGCACGUUGUGUAGUGGACCCGGUCCGUUUUACAACACUCCAAUCAAAACAGUUCACUAUGCAAAAGUACUGUGCUGCGUUGGGAAAGCGAUAGCAGAGAUUGAUUUUUUUUCAUUUUUUAGCUUUUAUAAGAAAAGAUGAGGAGGGGGAAAAAAAAAAAAAACAAAAAACAAAAGAUUUGUUCUGAGUGUUCAGUCCAACAUCUCAUAGUUCUGCAAUGAAUACCUCAACACGUGGCGGCGGCCUGACCGGGAGACGACACGCCAGCGGGGGGUGGGGGUGGGUGGGUGGGGGACACCGUCUCUGCGACGGCCGGUCAGAUAUACAGUAUAGAAUCCAGAUGUGUGUCCUUAAAAAACAAAUGCUGUAAUUUGAGUCUUUUUUUUUUUUUUUUGCUGACUGCGUUCAGCAUCCGUUAAACGUCGAGUCCAGACUGGGUGUGAAAACCCACGAGCGACUUUUACAACGAGACCAAAGCGCCGUUUAAUCGCUCAUCCGGGCCAAGCGGUCCCUUCUGGCAAACGAGGGGGCAGUUGAAAACGGGACCUGCAGGAAUCCUCUCAUCAUUCCAAGCACUUUAAUGGUGGUGUUUUAAUUGGAAUUUUAUUUUUUGCACUGAAAUUUCCACAGAUUAUGUAUACGAUUAUUAUUACUUUUUUUUUUUCUCUCUGAUCGAAAAGCUGAUCUGCCAAGAAAAUGUCGUUUAUUUAAUAGCUGUUUACAUUGUAAUGUAUGGAAAAGGCUGUGGGAAUAUCUGUUACUGGCCCUGCACAAACCACAAUAAAACUAAACAAAUCUACAAUCUCAGCUCUCACGUUCUCUUGACGUUUCUUUUCGAGUUGUGCUGUUGGAAGAUUUCCCCCGAAAACGACUUCCUUUGCAUCCAAAUUACACACGUUCACACCUGGAGGCGGCCCAGCACAGCCACGGGCUUUUCAGUACUGGCUACUGGGAGCUGCCCAGUACAACCGUAGUCUUGGCUGCUGGUCACUUGUGUUGGCCAUGCAGCCAAACUUUCCUUAAAGUCCUCAGAUGGGGGGGGGC